ACCACUUCACGGCUGAGCCGUUGUUGCUCCUAGACGUUUCCACUUCACAAUAACAGCACUUGACCGGGGCAGCUCUAGCAGGGAAGAAAUUGGACAAAAUUACAUGUUGGAAAGGUGGCAUCUAUAUGAGGCGCUACAUUGAAAGACCCUGAGCUCUUCUGUAAGGCCAUUCUGCUGCCGAUGUUUGUCUAUGGAGAUUUUAUACAUCGAUUUUAUACACCUGUCAGCAACAGGUGUGUGUGAAAUAGCCGAAUUCACUGAUUUGAAAGGGUGUCCACAUACUUUUGUAUAUAUAGUGUAUUUUAGUACUGUUGCAGUUUUGUGUGUUGCAGGGACUCAUUGUAAUAUUUUGUCUUACCUGUGUGUCAUUCAGUGUAUUACCAAUGAUAGACAUCUUAUAUACAUUUUACAGAACAAAUUGCCAAAUCUCUGGUAAGUUAUGUGUCAAAUGUACAGUUUUCAUUGGUUUGCAAUUGUGGUGACAAUAAUACAUUGGUUUGCUUGCAGCCAACAGUAGCCUGUAUGUCUGUAUUCUGUAUCUCACAUCGAUCGGGGAGGCUGUGAUGUGCGUAAAUUGAUGAGAUUUACUUUGAGCAUUCAUAUUCCUGCUGGUCUUUGAAUGUGCUGUUGCUCAUGCCAGAUACGAAUAAUAUUUGUAGAUAUUUGCGUUUAUUCUCAAUACUUUCCUGCGACAGACCCGCUUGCUUUGGAGUCGUCGACGCCUCAACAGUUAACGGGAUGCCGGAGCAGUGACAAAUGGUUGGCUCAGGCUCCCCAUGAAUUCGCUUCUCAGGUGAAAGCACGACAGAAGACCGUUCAGCCGCAGUUGGCCUUCUGCUGGGGUGAAGGUGACUCGCUUCGCCGCUGAGGAGAGAGAUGCAGAGAAGAAGCUGCGAGCCGUCCACUACUUGCUGUUGUCCUGCAAGCUGAACAUACGAAUAUUAUAGAUAGGCUGGCCGUGGGAUUUUAUCAGUGACUGUGUAUGCAUGUGUUCUGCACCGAACGGGCGCAUUAACCGCCCCAGAUCCGCAGCGAACAUUUUCCAGCUCGGCAAACCACCGCAGAGGGACCCCGAGCGCCGGGAGAGCACCGAGAGCGCGCGGAAAGCCCAGCGGGCCGUAGGCGACUGUAGGAUGACUGUCCAAGAAUUCAACACUCUUGUGGCGCUGUACCGAGAACAGGUCAUCUCUAUUGGGGAGAUUUCUGCCGAUUGUCCCUCUUUACGGGCCGUGCUGCACCGUACCAGGACCAAAGGAUGCGCUAUGGCCCAAGCUGCCCAUCAGAACCUCACCGUGAUAUCUGGGUCUGGGCCAGAGGAUGGGGAGAUCCACCCAGAGAUCUGCCGGCUCUUCAUCCAGCUGCAGUGCUGCCUGGAGAUGUUCAUCACGGAGAUGCUCAAGUCCAUGUGUCUAUUGGGGGUACUGCAGCUCCACAGGAAAGGAAAGGAUUCAUACCCGGAGCCCAGGCUGGACUUCAAGAUGGAUGAGAGUUCUGAUGUACCCAUCCUGGAGGAGCGCUCCUCCUCACCUGUGGACUACCAACACGAGUCCUGGCUGGUGUGCACCGAUAUUGAAAACAUAGAGAGGGACAUGCGAGAGAUGAGAAACCUACUCAGCAAACUUAGGGAGACCAUGCCUUUACCACUAAAAAACCAAGAUGACAGCAGUCUGCUGAAUCUCACUCAAUACCCGCUAGUCAGGCAGAGGAAGAGGCGCUUCUCUGGGUUCUGCUGCCUGGUGUCUGGCUGAGUCAGUCGGGUCCUGCAGGCAGCAGCAAGGGCAGCACACCAACCCUACACAACACCUUACAUGUUAUUACUGCCAUUUGGGGAAGGAACUUUCUGAUCAGUCUGUCUUUAUUUUGUAAUAUGAUUAUAUGUAGAAAAAGCUAUUCAAAUAUAAUGUUACAAACUUGCAUAUUUUGCUAUUAUAUUAUUCAAGCUGUCUCUCUUUGUAGAAAAGGAGGACCCUUAGGUCUAUAGACGAGCACAAACAGAUGUGCCAAACUGAUGCCAUGAGAGAUGCAUUAUGUUGGUAGACAGCUUUGCCUAAUCUUUGCCUUCAGACAUCUUCCUCAGAAUGUCAUUAUAUUUCUUCACUGUGCGAUGCUUCUUUUGCAGUCUUCCAUGAAAAGGAAAUCUGUCUCCAACUUACUUUUUCCAUCACAAGGGCUUUGCAAUGCUCCAUAUCAAAAACACUUCUCAUUUCAUGUAAAUACAGUAUAUAAAUGGUGGUAAAUGUUUUGUAUGAAACUUUCUUUGAAUAAUGUAAUUAUAGAUUAUCUAAAGAUUGAAUGUCUAAAUCGUUUGCAUUGAUUUAUUUUGAUGUCUUGGCCGAAAGUGUACAGCAUGAAUAUUGCUAUUUGUACUGUGGUAGAUGUGUAGUGUAUAGAUGUUGUGCUAUAGAUUGUUGCACGGCUGACAGUAUGUAUAGGCCAUUUUAUAAUGUGAAUAAACUUUUUGUAUUUAAA